AUGCCUCACGAAGGAGUCACUCGCCUCAUCCCCGUCGACCCUGCAUUCGGCCACCCGGUGGACCAAGACAGCAAGAACUUCAUGAACCGCGCUCGAGACGACGGCAGCACCCCCGAGGAGAGGAAGAUUAGACAUUACACCGUCAACUUUGGCCCCCAGCAUCCUGCCGCCCACGGUGUGCUUCGACUCAUCCUCGAGCUCAAUGGCGAGGAGAUUGUCCGCGCCGACCCACACGUCGGCCUUUUGCACCGAGGAACGGAGAAGUUGAUUGAGUACAAGACAUAUCUGCAGGCACUGCCCUACUUCGACCGUCUGGACUACGUGAGCAUGAUGACGAAUGAACAAUGCUUCAGUUUGGCCGUGGAGAAGCUGCUGAAUAUCGAAAUCCCCGAGCGCGCCAAAUGGAUCCGGACAUUGUUUGCGGAGAUUACGCGGAUAUUGAACCAUCUCAUGUCGGUCUUGUCGCACGCCAUGGACGUCGGUGCAUUGACUCCUUUCCUCUGGGGCUUUGAAGAGCGAGAGAAGCUGAUGGAAUUCUACGAACGUGUCUCCGGCGCCCGCCUACACGCAGCCUAUGUCCGACCAGGAGGUGUGGCUCAGGACCUUCCCGUGGGCUUACUCGACGACAUCUACCAAUGGGCAACGCAAUUCGGUGACCGCGUCGACGAGACCGAAGAAAUGCUUACGGAUAACCGCAUCUGGAUCGGUCGAACCAAAGGUGUAGGCGUAGUUCCCGCCGCCCAAGCACUCAACAUGUCCUUCUCCGGCGUCAUGCUCCGUGGUUCCGGUGUCCCAUGGGACAUCCGCAAGUCUCAGCCGUACGACGCAUACGACCAAGUCGAGUUCGAUGUCCCCGUCGGCGUCAACGGCGACUGCUACGACCGCUAUCUCUGCCGCAUGGAAGAGUUCCGCCAAAGUCUCCGCAUCAUCCACCAAUGCCUGAACAAGAUGCCGCCCGGGCCGGUCAAGGUGGAAGACUACAAGAUCGCGCCGCCGCCGCGAGCAGCGAUGAAAGAGAACAUGGAGGCGCUGAUCCACCACUUCCUCCUCUUCAGCAAGGGCUACACCGUCCCGCCGGGCGAGACGUAUUCGGCGAUUGAGGCGCCCAAGGGCGAGAUGGGCGUGUUUGUGGUGAGUGACGGGAGUGAGCGGCCGUACCGAUGCAAGAUCCGCGCGCCGGGCUUCGCGCAUUUGGCGUGCUUUGAUCAAGUGAGUCGCGGGCAUUUGCUUGCGGAUGCUGUUGCUAUUAUUGGUACGAUGGAUCUCGUGUUCGGCGAAGUAGACAGAUAG